ACUUCUCUUCCUGAGUUACAAUCACUUUCACUUUCCUGCUGUCAGUCCGCAGCUCGCGUCGCAACAGCAAAGGAAAGAACCGUCGAGGCCUGGUCGAGGAUCUGUACUCAGAAAAAGAAAACCCUCCUCUGUCGGACGGGAAGCGUCUGCAUGCAGAAACAAGAGCCGGCGGCGACGCAGACAGAAAAGGUGUUCUCAUGGCUGCUGAAGUCACGCAGAAAGUCGAGCUGACAGAAGGGGAGGACCUUGCCCUCUCUCUGAGUGAAGCCCUCAGCAGCGGAAACAGUGAAGAAGCAGUUGAAAUCUGCAAGAAGCUCUCCCAUCUGCAGGUGCCCGUGUCAGUUAGCAUCAGCAGGGACGCCUACCCAGAGGACUCCAUCAGGUUGAAGGUUGGCGUGGAAGAUGCGCAGUCGGCCGACUACAUUCCUGUGACUGUCGUUGUUUCUUCCGGCAUGACGAUUGCAGAGCUGAAAGACAAGAUCAGCCACAGCUUCGGGUUCCACCCGUCACUGCAGCGCUGGGUGAUCGGCAAGCGGCUCGCCCAAGACCGGGACACGUUACACAGCCACGGCAUCCGUAAGGACGGGGACCAGGCUUUCCUGUUCAUCCUCUCCGCCCAAGCGGCUCAUCUCACGCGGCAGCAACACAAGCUGGAUCAAGAGCAGCAGCGUCUGGACAGUAUCGUGGAGUCGAUGCAGUCAGUUCAGCUCUGUCCCAGAGGUCUGGGUGGAGCUGAGGGCAAGAAAACACCUCCUCCAGAGGCUCAACGCGCUCUUCCUCCUGUUCUUCCUCCAAAAAUCAAGACUGUCCCUAAACCUCCUGUGCUUCCUAAACCUCAGUUGGGCUGGACCUGCCAGAUGUGCACUUACAUAAACAAGCCAACACGCCCCGGCUGUGAGAUGUGUGGGGGGGAACGGCCCGAAGAAUACAAAGUGCCGGACCUUUACCGCCCAGACCAGGACGAAGUUCAACGGAUUCAACAGGAGCAGCUGGCGACGUUGCAAUAUCAACAGGCUCGGGAGGAGGAACGUGAGCAAAACUAUCUGAGCCUCUUGGCAACGGAUGACCAGAACCUCAUCGGUAACGUCACAGAAGCAGAUUGUCCCAUUUGCUUCAGCCCCAUCCCGUCCGGAGAGGGAAUCGUGCUCAGGGAAUGUCUGCACACCUUCUGCAGGGAGUGUUUAAAAGAGACGAUAAUAAACAAUCACGAUGCUGAGGUGUCUUGCCCGGAAGCUUGUGAAAGCAAGAUACUGGACCGAGAAAUCAAAGAGCUGCUGACAGAAGAGGAGCACCAGCGCUUUUUGGAGUUGCGUCUGAGCAUCGCAGAGAGCCGCUCAGAGCACAGCUUCCACUGCCAGACGCCCAACUGCCGAGGCUGGUGCAUCUACGAGGACGAAGUCAACGAGUUCCGCUGUGACCUCUGCAAUGAAACCAACUGCAUUCUUUGCCGGGCGAUCCAUAACGGCAUGAACUGUAAGGACUACCAGGAUGACCUGCGCAUCCGAGCCGAAAACGACCAAGCCGCUCAGCAAACUAAGCAGAUGCUCGAGGGCAUGCUGCAGAACGGAGAGGCCAUGAAAUGCCCACGGUGUGACAUCAUCGUCCAGAAAAAAGAUGGCUGUGAUUGGAUCUGCUGUUUGAUGUGCAAGACGGAGAUCUGUUGGGUCACUAAACAGGCUCGAUGGGGCCCAAAUGGGAAUGGCGAUAUAUCUGCUGGCUGUCGAUGUCGAGUCAAUAAUCAGUUGUGUCAUCCUAACUGCCAAAACUGUCACUGAGGUGCGCUCUGCACACUAACAAACACGUAAGCAGCUGCGUAUACGUCUGUCUGGAUGCUCAAGGUUGUGCUGCCUGGAGAGGUUUGGAGCAUACGUGAUACUUGCGUCAUUAUGUCUUCCUUUAGUCUUCCCGUGUUAAAGUGCAAAAACUCAGUAGCUGUCAUGCUGCAGAAGUAAACCUUUUGGUUUUUAUAUCAGGAAAAAAAAUCAGCUAUAUCUGUCUUAUCUCUGUAAACAUAACAUAAAUUCUUGUUUGAAAAAGAAAAACCUUUUCCCUCUAAUGUAACAUUUGCAGAUUUUUCUGUGAUUUAUAAAUGCAUCAUAUCAUAGGAUUCAGACUUUCAUCUUGAGCCAGCAAAGUGCAUUGACUCGUAUUUUGAUCUGUACAGUAAAUUAAGUAAAUCUUCCAGAAAGAAAUACACAACAGACUUAACCUUUUUAAAGCCUUGAAUAUGAAAUAACACAAAAAAAUCCAAUAUGUAUUCCUAUUUGAAGUGUUAAGUUAUAUAUUGGAAUCAAAAACUGUUCAAAUUGUGUAUUAAAACAAUUGUCUUCCUUAUCAUGAAUACAUUAAGUGAAUUUACGUAUUUUCUGUUUAUUUUAUUUUAUUUUUAUUUCUUGGGGUUUGUAUGAAACUUUUUUUUUCCCUUUUUUGAUUAAGAGGAUGCUAUAAAGGUCUCAGAAAUUCAUGCAUCAAAUAUGAUACAUCUGGCAUUACAGGUUUAAACGUGUACACAGUAAAUGAAAAUGCCACCUCUCCAUCUGACAACUGCUUAUGGAAGGACCUUUUUAUUUUCUGUCAUGUGUGUGGCUACAACUAAUUCACAACAACCAGAAAUAAUUUAAUUCAUUCAUAAAAUUAUGUGUUCCAAACCUGACCAAGAAGUUGUAUAUUUGUGCCUGAAUAGUGACUACAGCUUAUUUUUGUUUUGUAAUUAUAAAGAAUUUAUCUACCAGACUGUGGGGAAGGAAUAUUUGUCUUUUAAUGUUUACAUGAAAUGCAUAAUUUAAUGGUGCAAGCCGAGCUGCUCGUAUUUCUCUUAAGUGUUCACCCUUGAAGAAUGUAUUACUACAAAAACAAUAAGAUGUGUAUCCAUAAAGGUUGAUGGGCUUUAUUUCUAUAUGAA